UGCACUGUACUUGGAGAUACUUUGCUUCUGCAACGCCCAUGCGCGUUCCUUGCGGACGUAGCCGGUGUAUCAUGGCGACAUAUGUGGAUAUUCUGAGGAGUGAGUUUCCAGAAAUCGAUACAGAAGUCUUCGAUUAUAUCACUGGCGUGUUGGACUGUGGCGGGGCGGAUUUUGAAGAUGGGGAGGAGGUCUUUGAGGCGAUCGGAGGCGUGUUGCAGGAAGUGUCCGCGGACUGUAAGAACGAGGAGGACGUCCGCGACAUCUGCCUGCAGAUGUUCAACACUCUGAAGCUGAAUAACUGCUACGCUCCUCAGAAGCAGGUCCUUCUAGAUGCUCCGGUGCAGCUGUCUCAGAUCUCUGCGGAAUACGACAGCGCAGCGAACGACGUCCAGGGCAUCUGGAAGCUGACGAGAGGACAGAGCUCGACGGUGGACUCGAAGAAGCUGGAGAAGGCCGAGGCCAAACUGAAGGCCAAACACGAGAGGAGGAAUGAGCGAGAUUCACAGAAAACACCCGGCCCUCUAGUCCUGGAGGAGGCGUCGGCCAGCCAGGCCAGCAACAAGAAGGACAAACGCGUCGACGCGUCCGGGAAGAACCGCAGCUACGACGUCCGCAUCGAGAACUUCGACGUGGCGUUCGGGGAGCGGUCCCUGCUCCAGGGGGCGGAGCUAACGCUGACGAGCGGGCGGCGGUACGGCCUGAUUGGCCGGAACGGGCUGGGCAAGACCACGCUGCUGAGGAUGCUGGCGAGCCGCAGCCUGCGGGUGCCCGCCCACGUCUCCACCCUGCACGUGGAGCAGGAGGUGGAGGGCGACGACACGCCCGCCCUGCGGAGCGUCCUGCAGAGCGACGGCGUCCGCGAGGGCCUGCUCGCCCAGGAGCGGCAGCUCAACGCCCGCAUCGCCGCCGGAGCGGCGGACGGGCUGGAGAGCGUGCGUCUGUCGGAGAUCUACGCCAAGCUGGAGGAGAUCGAGGCGGACAAAGCCCCGGCCAGAGCAUCCGUGAUCCUGGCAGGUCUGGGCUUCACUCCCAGAAUGCAACAGCAGACAACCAAGGAGUUCUCCGGGGGCUGGAGGAUGAGGUUGGCGUUGGCCAGAGCGCUCUUCGCCCGGCCUGACCUGUUGUUACUCGAUGAGCCUACUAACAUGUUGGACGUGAGAGCCAUUCUUUGGCUGGAGAACUAUCUGCAGACGUGGCAGUCAACCAUCCUCGUGGUGUCCCACGACCGGAACUUCUUGAACGCCGUGGUAACCGACAUCGUCCACCUGCACUCUCAGCGACUGGAGAGUUACCGCGGCAACUACGAGAACUUUGUGAAGACCAAGGAGGACCGCCUGAAGAACCAGCACAGAGAGUACGAGGCUCAGCUGCAGUACAGAGAGCACAUUCAGGUAUUCAUCGACAGGUUCAGGUACAAUGCUAACAGAGCCGCCCAGGUGCAGAGCAAGCUCAAACUGCUGGAGAAACUGCCGGAACUCAAACCCAUAGAAAAGGAGUCUGAAGUUACGUUAAAGUUCCCCGAUAACUUUGAGAAGCUCUCCCCGCCGGUGCUGCAGCUGGACGAGCUGGAGUUCUACUACAGCCCAGAGCAGCGGCUCUUCGGCAGGCUCUGCGUGUCCGCUGACCUGGAGUCCCGCAUCUGCAUCGUCGGUGAGAAUGGAGCAGGGAAGACAACCUUGCUGAAGUUGCUGAUGGGAGAUCUGACGCCUGUUAAUGGGAUCCGACACGCCCACCGGAACCUGAAGAUUGGCUACUUUAGCCAGCAUCAUGUAGACCAGCUGGACCUCAAUGUGUGUUCAGUGGAGCUGCUACUCAACAAGUUCCCAGGCCGGCCGGAGGAGGAGUACAGGCACCAGUUGGGCCGGUAUGGGAUCACAGGCGAGCUGGCCCUGCGGCCGGUGGCCAGUCUGUCGGGAGGACAGAAGAGCAGAGUGGCCUUCGCCCAGAUGACCAUGCCCUGUCCAAAUUUCUACAUCCUGGACGAACCGACCAAUCACCUGGACAUGGAGACGAUUGAGGCCCUGGCUAAAGCACUCAACAGUUUCAAGGGGGGGGUGGUGCUGGUCUCUCACGACGAGCGGAUGAUCAGGCUGGUGUGCAAGGAGCUGUGGGUGUGCGAGGGGGGGGCGGUGCGGCGCCUGGAGGGCGGGUUCGACGAGUACCGGGACGUCCUGCAAGAGCAGUUCCGCAGGGAGGGGUACCUCUGAACCCGUGCGCGCGCCGCCCCCCCCGCCCCGCCCGCGCCCAACGACAUGUCCGCUACGUACGAGGGAACGUCUCCGUAAAAAACGCCAAAAAUGUUUUUUUUUUUUUUUUUAAACUGCAAAGUUAAAAACUGCCUACAAAAAAACUACGGAUACGACUGUCCCGACUCAACCCCGCCCGGCAACUCAACCCGACUCGAAACGACGAACGGAACCUGUGACCGCGCGGCCAGUUCGAAACCCGACUGCGGAAACCCAGCUACGACGAAUCGUCUCGACCUCACCUCAGAUUUGGCUGCGAAUCACCUGAGGUUACACUCCCCCAACCCCCCCCCCCCAGCACCGUGGUUUGGCCUACGUUCAUUCAGAAUAUAGGAAGAAAGUAGAGGGAUUUAAGUGAUAAAAAAAUGAUCCCAGAUUGGGAGUGCCCCGCAGAGUGGCGAUAGUUAGUUCAGGUGUAGUCUGAAGAGAUGAGUCCUCAGACCACUAUGGAAGUUGGCAAGAACAUCUUGGUGGUGGUUGGGGGGGGUAUGGGGGGGGGGGGGGGGAGUGGUUACAGUGCAUUUGGAUCUCUCUGUGAAGACUGACAGCAGUGGGCAAAAGUCAGGCUUCUCUUUCGAGAACUGAGGUCUUUUGUGUGUAUGUACAAGGAGGGGUAGGGGUGUGGGGGGUCGGGGGUUAUACACAUAAGGGGCUUGCCAUUAAAUUGUUUUUACGUGGGGUAGGGCUUAUGGUGUUCUGUCCCUUCUUAAACUGUCAGUAUUCCAGCCUAAUGGCCAACGCUCAUGUGAUGUUUUAAUGAUGUUUUUAUAAUGUUGCAGAAAGGUUGCGAGAAUCUUUCACAGCAUGGGAUUCCUUAUGGGGCCAUUGUAAUGCCCUUUAGUCUUGUUCCUGGGACCCCCACCUCAGGUAAAGACAACCCCCCCACCCACCCAAAAAAAAAGACUAUGCAGGAGGAAAAGUGCUAUACAGACAUUUAAGGAGAUCAGAAAUAAUCACGGGGGUCUCAUAUUUUCACGCUGUAACUUAUAAAUACCUGAUUUAAAUGUUCACAAUAACAGUGCUAAUAAAUGAGUACAUAGAACUA